CAUUGUGUGAGGAGCGGAUCUGAAGCAAGUUUCCACAAUCUGAUAGAUCUCUGAACAUUCCACAUUGAUUUCAGACUUUGGUGUUUCAUUUUCAGUAUUAGUGAAGUGUAUGUUAAUCAAGCGUAUAGGAGUGAUUGUAGAUUUUGCAGUAGUUGAGAAUUGAAAUGAUAUGGGCGUGGCUGAUAGUUCUUCUGCUCCCUGCAGCAGUGAUCGCAAAUGAGUCGGAACCUCAGGCUGUAGAACCGGAGCCAUUCAGGAAAAUCUGUCCUGUGUGCCGAUUCGUGUGCAGGAAGCUCAACUGUCCUGCAGGAUCAAUGGAGACCCAGAAUGCUCCAAAGCCAUGUACCUGUGACAACUGUCCAUUCUGCGCUGUUUAUAAAGAGAAGGGAGAAAGCUGUGACUACAAUCAACGCUUCCCCUCCAACAGAAGAAGGAAAAGACAAACUUCAGAGGUGAGACAUGUAUGCCAACAAGGUUUGACAUGUCAAGAUGGCACGUGCCACUGAGUGAAAUGGAAACAAUCAAUGUGAAAUGGCACUUCA